GUACAGAGAGAGGCCUAUUAGAUGCAACUGAUAGUAGAGAGAGAGAGAGAGAAAAAAAAAAAAAAAAGAGCAUAGAUAUGGGUUAGGCUAAAUAAGCUUUUCUUGGAUCUGUAGUUUUGGUUUUCAAGAUUUUGGGGAUGGAAUUAGGAGGAUUGAAUAGGAUAGCCUCUUGGGAGAGGCAGAGUCAUCAGUUUCUUCUUCAGGUAUCAUCACAGUGGAGGCAGCAGAUUCAGAAUCAUCAGCACCACAACAAGUAUUAACAGCAACCACUAACAAUGGAGUGGAAAGCAAAGGAAACAGAGACUAGUGACAACAAGUAAUCACUCUCAUCUCAAUCAGAAUCUGGAACAACAAAAGCACAAGUCUCUGAGUCUGGAUUCUCACAAUCAUCUUCAUCUCUAUCGUCAAUCUCCCCAAAAUCAACACCAAUCAGAUACCCAGCACCCAGCACCGCCGCCGCCGCCGCCGCCAUCAUCGACGGAGCAAAGCAUCGAACAUGCGAGAUUGGGAGAAAAAAUGGGAGACACUCAUCACCACCACCAAACAAGAAUGGGUCUGAGACACGGCGGCGGCGAGAUCGUGGAGGUUCAAGGAGGGCACAUUGUUAGGUCCAUUGGUCGCAAAGACAGGCACAGCAAGGUCUGCACCGCCAAAGGGCCUCGAGACCGCCGUGUUCGCCUCGCCGCCCACACCGCCAUUCAGUUCUACGACGUUCAGGACCGCCUCGGCUACGACCGACCCAGCAAAGCGGUCGAUUGGCUCAUCAAAAAAGCAAAAGACGCCAUUGACGAACUCGCUGAGCUUCCCGCUUGGAAACCCACUUCAACAAAUGCAAGUUUUGGGCAAAAUCAAGAGCCUCAGGGGCAGCAGCAACAACAACAACAACUUGGUGGGUCUUCUUCUUCUUCUUCUAGGAGAGAGAUAAAUGCUUUGAUGGGUACUGAAGACACUGUUGUUGCGAGAUGUGAGAUUCAGGAUCAGCAGAUGGGUAACGAUGAAAACGAAAACAACUCGAGCUUCUUGCCGCCAUCGAUGGACUCUGAUGCCAUUGCCGACACCAUCAAGUCUUUCUUCCCAAUGGGUGCUUCGGCAGAGCCCAAUUCGUCUGCUAUGCAGUUUCAGAACUUUGCUGCUCCUCCUGAUUUGCUAUCGAGAACCGGUAAUCAGAGCCAAGAUCUGAGACUCUCGCUUCAAUCCUUUCAAGACCCAUCAAUUCUUCUCCACCACCACCAACAGUCUCAGCAGCAGCAUCAGACUGAACAACAAGCACUUUUCUCUGGAACCACCGCACUGGGUUACGAUGCUCCUUCCUCCGCCUGGUCAGAGCACCACCAGGCGGCCGAGAUUAACCGGUUUCAGAGAAUGGUUGCGUGGAAUGGCGGUGGAGACGCCGGAACUGGCGGCGGAGGAGGAGGAUUUAUCUUCAACUCGCCGCCGUUGUUCGGCCAAAACAACCAGUUUCUUUCUCAGAGGGGACCCCUUCAGUCCAGUAACACCCAAUCGAUUCGUGCUUGGAUAGACCCGUCUUCUUCAAUUGCCACUGCAGAUCAUAAUCAACACCACAACCACUAUUAUCAGUCUCUACCCAUCCAUCCAUCUUCAUUGCAGGGCAUUGGAUUCGCCUCCGUUGGCGGAUUCUCAGGGUUUCACAUUCCGGCACGAAUUCAGGGUGAAGAUGAGGAACACGAUGGCUAUUCCGACAAGCCGUCCUCUGCUUCCUCUGAUUCUCGCCAUUGAUUGAGCUCAAAACCAACCAAUUCUCUCUCUCUCUCUCUCUCUACCAGGGCUUAAUCCAUUUUCCAUUCUGAAAAACCAAGAAUUUCCAAGAAAGCAAAAUAAAGGGAGAGAGAUCUUGGGCAAUCUAAUCCAAUGGCUGCUGCAGUAGGAAGAAGAACUCUUGAUUGUAUUUCAGGUUUUUCGAUCUCAGUUUUCUUUUUAUGUUUGUUGUAAUAUGUUCUACUUUGCUGUUUAAUUGUGCUGUUUGAGUUCAACUUUGGAACUCCAUGUUGGUUUGCUUUGUGUUUGUAUGGUUGGCACUGUUUCUUAAUUUUAAUUUCUUGAGUUAAUACUACUAAAAUAGAACUAGUUUGUUGUCAA